AUGACCUCCGUCCUCGUCCCCGUUCUCUAUGUCCUUAUUGUAUUUGGCUCGCUCCUCAUUUUCAGCUCCUACUACCGCUGUAGAAACGCGCGCAAGACCUUCGAGCCUUACUUCCCCUCACACGAGGAGCGCAAUGUCUACUUCUCGCUCCUGCAAAUGUCCGAUCCUCCUGCUCCCGAAACCCUCCUCAAGGCUGCUCUCGUCCGCCGUGCCAUGACCGAUGUCACCCGCAUAAUCCGUAUCCGCGAAGACAAGCCUGCGCUCCAGAACCUCCUCCAGAAGGGCUCCAUUGGCGACGAUCUGUGGAACAGUCUCCUCGCCGCUGAGAAGGAGCUCGAAGCCGAGAUCCUCGAGGUCGCCGCCGAGGCGAACGCGUACGUGGAGGGCUGGGGAAGUGUCAUCUUCCAAACCGCGACUGAGAUGAUGCACAACGAGAAAAUGCGCUCCCUCGUAGAGAAGAUCCCUGCCAUCCGUGCUGAAGCAGAGCGCAAGUAUGGCAAAUAUCCCCUUCCCACUCUGACUGUUGAGGCUCCUCCCCCUACACUCUCUGGAAACAACUCCGCGGUCUCUUCCCCGUCGACACCUGCCCGUCCACUGACCCCAGUAUCGCCCGCAAUGAAAUCAAAUGGGUUGGCUCCCCCAGGAAGUGCGAACUCAGAGAGUGGUGCCUUCAGCGACAGCGAGCGUUCGGUUUCGCCCACACCCUCAUCGCCUGGAAAGUCGCCCAAAUCUCCCUCGAAGAAGUCGAAGAAGCGAAAGUAG